AUGAGUGCUGAACGAAAUCCCAAGGACUCUAUGAAGUCCACCUGGCGGCAGCAGGCCCGCUCCGAGUGGACGCUCUUCCACUGGUUCUACGAACUGCUCGGCAUCCACCCGGAGCAUCUCGACAGCAACGUGCCUGUCCACCUGAAGGAGGAUGCCGUGCCCUAUGUCCCCGACUGGUCCAUGCACCGCUGGGUCCUCACCCACUCCAUCAUCCCGAUCAUCCUCCAACACGCCUACAUCCAGCUCACCGGCCGCAAUCUCGGCGCUCUCGGCGCAUUCAUUCUCUACAGCUUCGCCUUCAAGGCCAUCGCGAUCCACGAACUGCACGUGCUCCGCCGCCUCGGCCAUAUCCACGGCUUCCUGGAUGGCGAUAAGCAUGCCCGCGAUGGCGUCCCCGACAUUGGUGUCGCCAAGGUCGUCCGCUCCCUCUUGUCAACGUCGAGCUUCCGCCCCAUGUUCACCGUGUUCCUGGCCUACCGGACCGCCGAGGCGCCCUCGAAUAUGAGCUUCGCCUGGCUGCCGCUCGAGAUCGGCCUCUACGGCAUCAUCCUUGACUUCUGGUUCUACUGGUACCACCGGCUCAUGCACGACGUCGGCAGCCUGUGGAAGUACCACCGCACUCACCACCUGACAAAGCACCCGAACCCGCUGCUCACGCUGUACGCCGACCUCGAGCAGGAGAUCUUUGACAUCGCUGGCAUACCGCUGAUGACCUACUUCACGAUGAAAUUCAUGGGCAUGCCCAUGGGCUUCUACGAGUGGUGGAUCUGCCACCAGUACGUCGUCUUUGCCGAGCUAGCUGGCCACUCCGGUCUGCGUCUUCACGCGACCCCACCUUCCACGCUGAGCUGGCUGCUGCGCUGGUUCGAUGCCGAGCUCGUCAUCGAGGAUCACGAUCUGCACCACCGCAAGGGCUGGAAGAAGAGCCACAACUACGGCAAGCAGACUCGUCUGUGGGACCGGAUAUUUGGCACCUGCUGUGACCGCAUUGAGUCAGUGCAGAAUAAUGUCGACUAUGUGAAUCAGUCGCCGAUGCCGUUGUACUGA